AUGAACGUGGCCCUACAGGAGCUUGGACACGCCGUGAGUAUGCCCAACUAUAAGCGUGCCACGCUGCAGGAUGAGGAGGGGCCGGAGCCAGCAGGGGAUGGCAGCGCCUCUCCUGACAGCGUGGAGGUGGGGUUUCGGAAGGGGCCGGGGACGCUGCUGAGCCGCCUGGCCUCACGCAGCCAGCUGGAGCUGGUGCUCUGCGCUGUCGCCAUCUCCCUGGCCCUGCUGCUCAGCGUCGCCAUCAUCACUCUGGCCAUUCAGUACCGCAGAGAUCCCUCUCACAGCACGUGCCUGACGGAUGCCUGUGUCCGGGUGGCCAGCAAGAUCCUGGAGGCCCUGGAUAGAGAGACGGACCCAUGCCAGGACUUCUACCAGUACUCGUGCGGGGGCUGGAUUAAGAGGAACCCGCUGCCCAACGGGCGCUCCAAGUGGAGCACCUUCAACAGCAUCUGGGACCAGAAUCAGGCCAUCAUGAAGCAUCUUCUAGAAAACGCCACCUUCAACUCCAGCAGCGAGGCAGAGCGGAAGACACAGCGGUACUACCUGUCCUGCCUCAAGGAGCAGAGGAUAGAGGAGCUGGGCUCCCAGCCCCUUAUGGAGCUCAUCGACAAGAUUGGGGGAUGGAACAUCACUGGCUCCUGGAACCAAACCAGCUUCAUGGAGGUACUCAAGAGCGUGUCAGGCACAUACCGGGCAACCCCCUUCUUCACAGUGUAUGUGGGUGCAGACUCCAAGAGUUCCAACAGCAACAUCAUCCAGGUGGACCAGUCAGGGCUUUUCCUCCCAUCCCGGGAUUACUAUCUGAACAAGACUGCCAACGAGAGGGUUCUGGCAGCGUACCUGGACUACAUGGUGGAGCUGGGCACACUGCUGGGGGGCACCCCAGAGCCCACCCGCCUCCAGAUGCAGCAGGUGCUGGACUUUGAAACCCAGCUGGCCAACAUCACCGUGCCCCAGGCUGAGCGGCGGGACGAUGAGAAGAUCUAUCACAAGAUGAGCAUCGCUGAGCUGCAGCUUCUGGCCCCUGCCAUUGACUGGCUGGAUUACCUGUCCUACGCCCUGGCCCCACUGGAUCUGGCAGACACGGAGCCUGUGGUGGUGUAUGGGGACACCUACCUCCAGCAGGUCUCUGACCUCAUCAAUGACACUGACAGGAGCAUCCUGAACAACUACCUAAUCUGGAACCUGGUGCAGAAGACAGCCUCCAGUCUGGACCAGCGCUUCGAGACAGCCCAGGAGAGGCUGCUGGAGACACUCUAUGGCACCAGGAAGUCCUGCACACCCCGCUGGCAAACCUGCAUCUCCAACACAGAUGACACACUGGGCUUUGCGCUGGGCUCCCUCUUCGUCAAAGCCACCUUUGACCGGGACAGCAAGGCCAUCGCUGAAGAGAUGAUCAGCGAGAUCCGUGCAGCCUUUGAGGUGUCCCUGGACCAGCUGGACUGGAUGGAUGAGAAGACCAGGCAGGCUGCAAAGGAGAAGGCGGAUGCCAUCUAUGACAUGAUUGGCUUCCCUGACUUCAUUCUGGACAACAAGGAGCUGGACGAUGUCUAUGAUGGGUACGAGGUCUCUGAAGACUCCUUCUUCCAAAACAUGCUCAACUUCUACAACUUCUCUGCCAAAGUGAUGGCUGACCAGCUCCGGAAACCCCCUAACCGUGACCAGUGGAGCAUGACCCCACAGACUGUCAAUGCCUAUUACCUGCCCACCAAGAAUGGGAUCGUCUUUCCUGCUGGGAUCCUCCAGGCUCCCUUCUACGCCCGCAACCACCCCAAAGCCCUUAAUUUUGGUGGCAUUGGCGUGGUGAUGGGACACGAGCUAACCCAUGCAUUUGAUGACCAAGGACGGGAGUACGACAAAGAGGGAAACCUGCGGCCAUGGUGGCAGAACUCCUCCCUGGAGGCCUUCAAGAACCGGACAGCGUGCAUGACGGAGCAGUACGGCCGCUACACCGUCCACAGUGAGAAGGUCAAUGGACGGCAGACACUGGGCGAGAACAUCGCUGACAACGGUGGGCUCAAGGCAGCCUACAACGCUUACAAGUUGUGGCUGCAGAAGAACGGGGAGGAGAAGCGCCUGCCAGCCCUGGGGCUCACCAACCACCAGCUCUUCUUCGUGGGCUUUGCGCAGGUGUGGUGCUCCGUCCGGACGCCAGAGAGCUCCCACGAAGGGCUGGUGACCGACCCCCACAGCCCCGACAAGUACCGUGUCAUCGGCACCCUCAGCAACUCCCGGGACUUUGUCGAACACUUCGGCUGCCCCCUGGGCUCCCCCAUGAACCCCGGCAAGCACUGUGAGGUGUGGUAG